AUGAUACUAUUGAUGGAGGCCCGCGGUUUGCUAGCUGAUGCUUUUGAAGUGCUCUUCAAACAGUUGCAGGAAAGCAAGAAGGAUCAGCACCGAUUUGUGUACUGGCUGGACAAGGGUCUCACCUUCUGCAGCUCGCACUCGAACUUCUCUCAUUCGCGGGGAUGGUUGCUGAGAAUCAUGCAUGCCGUUACAGGAGCAGCAAUUGAGGAAAAUGCUGUAGGAGCAGCAAUUGAGGAAAAUGCUGUAGAUGUGGAAUUUCGGCUUCGUUCUCUCGCAAACGGAAUUCUUGAAAAUGGAUCAGAGAACUCUUUGGAACUCGUUGAGUGUUUAUAUGACUACCCCUCAUUCAAACAAGGCGUACUGAGUGAUUACUCCUCCUUGAUCUACAAGAUACUGGGCACCUGCUCACACGAGACUUUCUUGAUGAAACAGCUCCUUCUUUGCAUAAAUGAAGAGAGCGCCGAGGAUAUGCACUUUCUCGGAGCUGAACUAUGCCGGAAAGUACCUGACGUUAUUGAAGGAAGAUGCCUAGUCUGUCGGCUGUGUGUAACUAAAGCUGCUUAUAUCUUCAGCUGUGGACACACUGUUCACAUGGAAUGCGAUAAUGGCGAGCGACAGUGCCCAUGCACAGUGGCCAAGAGCAUUCUUGCCCGAAAUCACCAGGAACUUAACGUUUCAGCCUUAGAGCCGCUAUGUCGACGAAGGUUGCGAGAUACUAGA